CAAAUCCAAGGCGGACGCGAAUGCAGCAUAAGGAAAGCGUCACUCGGCAGUUUGUUGAGUUUAUGGUUAAUGUCUGUGGUUAGACAAUAUCCUAUUGAAUUAAUUAACUUCAAGUUUGCCUUGUUAUUCUUUGUAAAUCAACACAUCGUUUCAGUUGCGCCUCGUAAAUUACAAAGCUGGAGAUGACGUCUAAAAUUAAAGUGGGAAAAGUCGGCUCCAAGAACAAAGAAGAUGCUCCUUAUGAGCUGGAGAGCCAGUUUGUCCUGAGGCUUCCUUCGGAGUAUGCCUCCACAGUAAGAAGGAUAGCGCAGUCCGGCAGCAUGAACAUGAAGGACAGGCUUACAAUCGAGCUGCACCCGGAUGGUCGUCAUGGGAUAGUGAGAGUAGACCGUGUUCCUUUGGCCUGCAAACUGGUGGAGCUGCCAUGCAUGAUUGAGUCCCUCAAAACGGUAGACAAGAAAACAUUUUACAAGACAGCUGAUGUCUGCCAGAUGCUGGUGUGUACACUAGAUGGAGACCUUUACCCUCCUUUGGAGGAGCCAACUGGCACUGACCCAAAGAGCAAAAAGAAAGAUAAAGACAAGGACAAGAAAUUCAUUUGGAAUCAUGGCAUCACCUGCCCUCUGAAGAACACACGCAAGCGAAGAUUUCGGAAGACUGCAAAAAAGAAGUACAUUGAAUCUCCUGAUGUGGAAAAGGAAGUGAAGAGAUUGCUGAGCACAGACGCAGACGCUGUCAGUGUUCGAUGGGAGAUAAUAGCAGAGGAUGAGACCAAAGAAGCAGAUCAGCAUGGCUCUCUGGCCAAUUUGGACUCUUCUCCCGGCAUUUCAGGACACAAAAUGGGUCAUGGAUCCUCAGUACCACAUGAUGAACUGAGGGAGAUCUUCAACGACAUCAGCAGCUCCAGUGAAGACGAGGAGGAUGAAGGGGACCGGCAUGACGACGAAGACCUGAAUAUCAUGGACACUGAGGACGAUUUGGUGCGACAGCUUCAAGACAAGCUGAACGAGUCGGACUCUGCUCAGAAUGAAAGCGACAGAAACAACCAGAUAGUUAUGGAGUAUCAACUGCAAAUUAACAACAUUAAGGCCAAGCUUCAGGAAACACGUGCCCGAAAGAAACAGCAGGAGGAGCUCAUUAUGAAAGUGGAAAACCAGGCCCUGAAGAAUCGUUUCCAAGCCUUGCUGGAUGAGAUUAUUCAGCAGGAGGAGCGAGAGAUGGAGCAGCUGGCCUCCCUUCAGGAGCAGCUGGACUCCCUGAUAGAGAAGUGACCAGCAGGGGGCAGUCUCAUAUCGUCUUCAGCCGCACAUCACCUCAAGAGGGAGGAGGAUCCUCAUCCGGAGUGGGGGGCUCGAACAUGCAUUGUCAUUCUUAUUUGGUCAUUUUUAUGUAUCACAUCUGCAGCAUUUUGAUUUGUGUAAUUGAAGUGAAUAUUUUAAGGUCUUUUUGCAAUUUACUGCAUUAUGGAUGUGAAUCCUAAAAUAAAAGCUUGGUCACUGUUA